GAAUUAAUGAGAAUGCGUUACGUCAACUUAAGGAUAUGGGUUUUACUGAUACUGCUAAAAAUCGAGAAGUUUUAUCUACAACAAAUGGAGAUCUCAACUCUGCAAUUGAAAUAUUAUGCCGUCUAUCUAAUGGAAAGCCAGCUUCCAAAGAACAAACUCCCAAAGAACAGACUCAUUCCUCCACAGACUCACUUGCAUCUAGCGAUGAUAAGUUAGUCCGAUUAUGGAAUAUGGGAUUUCAUGAUGAAGCCAAAAAUCGAGAUGCCCUUCGACGUAGUGGUGGUAAUAUAGAGGUUGCUGCUGCAUUACUUAUUGAAUCCCGUACAUCUGCAACAACAGACAAUACCAAUUUUGUUACCAAGUCUCAGCCAGAGCAAUCUAAGUUACAAUUGACACAAAGCCAAUCACUUAUAGAUUUAACACCUUCGCCACAAAUUUCCACACAAUCGCAAAAUCUUGUAGAUCUUUUGGGUGGGUUUGGUCAGCCAGUUCAGAAGCCAGGUUUGGAUUAUCAUUAUUAUUGCGGUAUUCCUG